AUGUCGGAAGGACUACAGGACGCACAGGAGCAACUCAUUGAAUCCAACUGGGAUGAAGUGGUUGACUCAUUUGACGACAUGGAGCUCGACUCGAAGCUUCUCCGCGGCAUUUACGCCUACGGUUUCGAGCGCCCCAGUGCUAUUCAGGCGCGCGCCAUCAAGCCCGUCAUCAAGGGCCACGAUGUGAUUGCGCAGGCGCAGUCCGGAACAGGAAAGACUGCUACUUUUUCCAUCUCUGUGCUUCAAAAGCUUGAUGUUUCGCUCAAGCAGACCCAGGCCCUUAUUCUCGCUCCUACCCGUGAGUUGGCUCAGCAAAUCCAGAAGGUCUUGAUUGCCAUCGGCGACUUCAUGGAGAUUGAGUGCCACGCUUGCAUUGGUGGUACCAACGUUCGCGACGACAUGAAGGCGCUGCAGAACGGCCCACACGUCAUUGUCGGCACCCCCGGCCGUGUUCACGACAUGAUCCAGAGGCGUGCGCUCAAGACGGACCACGUCAAGAUGUUUGUGCUCGACGAGGCAGACGAGAUGUUGUCUCGUGGUUUCAAGGAGCAGAUUCACGACAUCUUCCAGCUCUUGCCACCCACGACCCAGGCUGUCUUGCUUUCCGCUACCAUGCCACAGGAUGUGCUCGAGGUCACUGAGAAGUUCAUGCGCGAGCCUAUUCGCAUCUUGGUCAAGAAGGAUGAGCUCACCCUCGAAGGUAUCAAGCAAUUCUAUAUUUCCGUUGAGAAGGAGGAUUGGAAGCUCGACACUCUCUGCGAUUUGUAUGAAACAGUCACCAUCACCCAAGCUGUUAUUUUCUGCAACACACGAAGAAAGGUCGACUGGCUUACCGACAAACUCACCUCGCGUGACUUCACCGUCAGUGCAAUGCACGGCGACAUGGACCAAGGCCAGCGCGAUGUCAUUAUGAAGGAGUUCCGAUCUGGUUCUUCGCGUGUCCUCAUCACCACCGACUUGCUUGCCCGUGGUAUUGAUGUGCAGCAGGUGUCGCUCGUCAUCAACUACGACUUGCCCGCCAACCGUGAAAACUACAUUCACCGUAUCGGCAGAGGUGGAAGAUUCGGUCGCAAGGGUGUGUCCAUCAACUUCAUCGCCACUGAGGAUCUCACCAUGAUGCGUGAUAUCGAGGCGUUCUAUUCUACGGAGAUUCAAGAGAUGCCAAUGAACAUUGCGGACCUUAUUUAA